AUGGCGUUGAAGGCCCUCCCUAGAUCGUCAAAGGUGCUCCUUUGUGCCCUCUUCGCAUUCACCACCAUCAUAUUCAUACUCAAGGUCAAUAUCUAUCGAUUUGUGGUCGAUGACACCCUCACAUUCCAUGAUAUCCUUGUUCCAUUCGUCCAAUUGAUACCCAGAUAUACUCUUUUCCAUCCAUGGGUGUUAGUCACAGCUAUCUUUGCCGAGAUUUCUGUGUUCCCUUUCAUUUUGUCCACUUUGGUGUUAUACACCUCGACAAAAUAUGUGGAGAAAUUUUGGGGCUACAAAGAGGUGAUCAAGUUCGUGAUACUAAUUGGGUCAAUUACAAACUUGUGGACAGUGUUGGUGACAAUCUUGUGCAACAUUUUCCGUGAGGAUGUGGAGGGUAUGGACAAGCCCUUGGGUGGGGGAAUUUCAUACUACUUCGGGUUCUUGGUGGUGUUGAAGCAAUUGAUUCCUGAGCACAACAUCUUAUUAUUCAACGGCAUGGUUAAUUUCCGGGUCAAGCAGUUCCCAUUCAUCUUGCUCUUGGUGGUGUUGGCUAUCUCGUUGAUUAUGGGCACCUUAUAUCCCUUCUUACCUUCCAUUGGCAGUUUCGUGGUGUCGUUCUUGUACUUGAGAUUUUACCAGACAUUCACCAUUGAUCCAUUGUUGCCUAUCACCACCCUUGAUGGCAUUGAAGAAGGCUCGGCGUCGGCCAGCUCCGGAAGUGUAAUCACUGGCGAUGCCUCUGACACCUUCCAAUUGGUGGAGUUUUUCCCCAGUAUCACCAAGCCAUACUUGGGUUACGUAUUUGAUAAGAUCUACGAGUUGGGUGUAUUUUUGGGAGCGGUGACUCCAUUCAACGAUGAGUUGAUCGAGCAGGGCAACAUGAGAGUUAGAAAGAGACAAGAACAGACCAACCAAGUGCUGAAGAGUGUGGCCAAUUCUGUUGCCGAGAGAAGAAGACAGGUUGCCUUGCAGGUGAUAGAGGAAAGAAUCAGUAAAGAGUCCAAGAAAUGA